UAAGGGCCACAGAGUCUUGGACCCCACUCCAGCUUGAGCUUCACUCCAGGCUCGGGUCUCCGCUACUCUCGAUCGUCACGACCCCUCCAACGACUUGCCACUAUAUCAUUAUUAUCUUAACGACCACUUUGUAUGCCCAACUGCUUAGAGGAUUUGACCCAUGUCCCGCUCGGCCGUCCUGCGCGCCCUUACUAUCCUCGCGCUCCUGCACGACUGCGCAGCAUACACGGCCAUCCCUAGGUGGGGACAAGCCGUGGCUCUCGUAGAGAACGUGCUCUUCGUGCACGGCGGCCGGGCGGACCAGUAUAAUGAGUAUGCCUACUCAUCCGCGCCGACAAAUAAUGACAUGCUCGUGCUGUCCCUCACGACUUCGUUCAACCUCUCCGCGCCUCCAUGGAGUUACAUCAGCGGUUGUGACAACUGCUCUUCGCCUCAAGACCCGUCCGUCGCGUGGCAUACCAUGUCGCCGCUGAACACUACGUACAUGUUCUUAUUUGGCGGAGAGCUCGGCUCCGACUCAAACGCCCACCCGGAGGCCGCGGACUCAGCAGUGCUUGUCAGCAUCAAGGACGUCUCAUCGCCAGUGUGGGAUAACGAGGCGACAUCGUGGGCUGACGAGCCGCUCCGGCGUAUGUACCACUCUGCAUGCGCGACGGGCGGUAAAGUCUACAUCGUCGGAGGACUGAAGUCAGAUGGGUCCGGGGAGGCCUUCUCAACGCACUAUGUUUUCAACCCAAGCGUGCCGUCGUUCACCGCGCUGCCGUCUUCUAACGGACCUCCGGCGAUCUAUGGGCACCAAUGUGUGGUUUUAUCUGACGGGCGGAUGAUCGUGUUCGGUGGCUAUGACUACUCCAGCGGAGCGUUAGUCGCGUUUGACACUAUCUGGGCGCUUGAUACCACGGACUCUACCUCGAGCUGGAGCUCGGUCUCCGUGUCGAGUUCAACACUUCCGAACUCUCGGCGCGGUUUUGCGGCGACGCUAGUAGAUGGACAGAAAGUCGUGCUGCAGGGCGGUGCGGACGCAGAUCUGACGAUAUCCUACAGCGAUGGCUGGGUGCUGGACACGACGCAGAGCCCAAUGGUGUGGAGCGAGGUCUCAGCAUUAUCGGAGAUGGGCGCGCGCAGGGAUCACUUUGCGGUGGCACUGGGCUCAGAGGUCCUCUUUGGAUUCGGAUAUGAGACGAAUGGACCUGCGCCCGUCGCGUUGCAGUACUUUGACUUUUCAAGUAGCGCCUGGAUAUCAAGCUAUACGCCAGCCCCUGCUGUAACAAGUCCCACUACCACUACCUUAUCUGGUGAUCGUCCCACAUAUACAUAUACUGGUACCACUGGCACCGGAUCUCCAAGUUCCGGUCAAACAGGCUCAACGUCGGCCGGCACUAGUGCAAGACCUACUUUUACUGCCUCUGGCUCUGGGAGCGCCAGCGGAAGUAGUGCCAGCAGUGGUGGUUCGGGUUCAGGGUCUAGUGGGAGCAGCUCCGGUUCAGGGUCAGGUUCAAGCUCUGCCUCAGGUGCUGGCAGCUCAGCGACCGGCAGCAUAAUCUCUUCGCACAAAUCCUCCGGCAUCGUGUUGGGCACAGUCAUCGGCGUCGUGGGGCUGAUCAUAGGCGCGAUCGCCGCCGCCUGGUACGUGAAGCGGCAGCGCACGCAGGAGAGCUUCCAUGUGCUCUCCGUGACCGACGAAGACCAUGCGACCGAUGCGCACGGAGAUGUCCCGAUGGCUGGCAGUCGGGCGAAGGGCGGCCUCCCCGUCGUGCAGAGCGUUAGGAGUACUCUUGGACUGCUCGUCCCCGGGCUCAUGUCCGAUUCUCAGCACGCACGGCGUGACAUGCUAGCCGACGAGGACACGCGGCAUUUCGACUCGCCGUGGCACGCGCGGGACGCGAGCGCGGGGCAGUCCUCGUGGAGCUCGCACCCGCGCCGGCCGACGUGGAGCAGCGUGAUGCACGAGUCGCUCGCAUCGCUGCGCUCGGUGGGGGGCACGGUGCUCGCGUACGCCGCAGUGCGCUCGCGCGAGCCGAGCGGGGGAUCGCGAUCGGCGAGAAGCUGGUGGGAGAAGGAGCGCAUGCACGAGCCGUAUGCGGACGACGCGGCGCUGAUGGGCGAGGGGGCGGGUGCAGCGCCGCGCAGACCGAAGGGUAGGCGGCAAGCGUCGUAUGCGACGACGCGGUCGUCGUACUCGCAUUACGAGGACCCGCUUGAUGAGUAUGAGAUUGAAGAGCUUCCGGCCCCAGGAGCGUACGAAGAGCCGUAUGAUGAUGCGGACAUCACGGAGCGGAAGGUUCCCUCUCUCAACGACCCCCCGCCGCGUCCGUACUCGUUCAUGCGCGCCACGGCCGGCACCGUUGACCUGACACGUUUGUCGCCCGUCUCCGAGCGUCCGUCCGUGCCCACCCUGUCCAGCGCCACAGUAUCCUCCGCAUCACACAGCACCACGACACCAUUCGCGCCCGCGCCUUCCUCCUCCACCCCGAAUCCUUCGUACAGCUCGCUCGAGAUGGCGCGCUCCCCGCGUGCGCGGCGGUCGUCGAUCCUCGACGCAAGUCCGUCGCCGCCGGCCGUGCCGAUGCGGCGCUCGAACAGCUGGUGGACGCGCUUCGCGAAGACGCCCCUGCUCGAUCGCCACGCAAGUGAUGCGAGCAGGGCAUCGCGGCCGCUCGAGAUCCGCGACCCGAACCCACCGCCGCGGCUCAUUGCCAUUGAGGAGUCGACAGGGUCCAACCAAGCGCGGGAGGGCGAUGCUCCUGUAGAGGGCCAGAAAGGGCCAGAAGACCUGAGUAGAAGAGAGCAACCGUACUCGACUACGCAGCACGGGCGCUCUGCGUCGUCGCUGCAGACGGCGAAGACAGCCAACUCGGACAUGAUCGACAAGAUGGGACGGACGAUGGACAUUGUGCAGCGGAGUACAACGAGCUUGCAUUCAAGCGGGCACAGCGCGGAUAGCGAGAUUGACGUCGACGUACACUCGCCCUCACUCGCACAUGUCGUUUCACAUUCGUCGCGUGGGAGCGCAGAGUCGCAGGCGUUGGAGUCGCCGGAACAAAUUUCGCCGUUGCGAACAUUGGCCUCUAUAGCGAGUUUCCCGUCGCCGCCGGCGUCUUCAAAGGUCAGCUCGCCACGGCGGCCGUCAGUGGGACAGGUGGCGGCGCGCGUACAGGCAUACGAGCGACGGGUGUCGCAGGAUGUGCAGCCUGAGCGGCCGCCACUGUCGGCCUCUCCUAGGAAGGAGCGGGCAAGCGUGUAUGGCGUCGCGCCUAAGCCGUCACUCUUUGUCGCCAACCCCGACCACAGAACGAGCCGAUCGUCAGGCUCUGCAUCUACUCCAUGAGGAUCGUUGCAUUGUAGAAAACUGGACCUGACCCCACUUCCCCAUGUUGCAUCUGUGGUAUAUCUUGCAAGUGCGUCGUCCAUUAGACCUCCUUGGGGAUAAGUUAUGCUACGGACGCUUUCUGCCCGUUUUGUUAAAUGCGCUAUUUACUGCUCACGCUUCACGAUGCUCACGAGACACGAUGUUUGUCUGCUUCUAACGAUGUUUUCACGAUUUCACACACGCCUGAGUCUCCGGGCGGAGCUGCCGAAUGUUGUACGACUGCUGAUGUAGCGUAGGCCAGAAGCACUUGAAAUAUAUUUUGUAGCUAGCAGUACGGAGA